AUGAAGAAAUUUUUGGAUACUACGAAUACAAAGCUCAAUAGGGCUUUGCAGAAAACAAAUGAAGUCAUAGGAAGAGCUGAAAAGACAGAAUUCGAUGAGGAUUUUGUCUCACUAUUAAAGCAAGCAGAAUCCACACAUGAAGUAUCUAAACACAUUAUGGAGGCCAUCGAGCAGUGGAUCAACCCAUGUGUCUUAAAAAAGUUCGAUGAUGUCGCUUGCAAAGUAGAAAGUAUGGUCACAGAUAACAAAAGUUAUUGGCUAAAGGUUCCUGCAAAGUUACCUGCCGAACAUCUUGGAGAUACGCUACUCAACGCAGCUGUUGGUGUCGGAGCUGGUACUGCAUAUGGUGUGGCAUUGUCACAAUGUGGCGAGUACAGUCGUCAAAUAGCUGCAGCUGAAAGUCAAAGGAAUGCGAUACUAGAAAAGAAAACAUUAUGUGUAUUACAUCAUUUUUUGGCACUUGAAUGGCCUGAAAUACAAAAAGAACUUAGUCAUUUGGAGUCGUAUCGUUUGGAUUAUGAUAAAUUAAGAAGUAAAGUGAAGCAUAAUGAACAUCCAGAUGCUGAAACUUUGACAAAAAUGGAAGACGCUAAAACCGUUCUUUAUAAACAAUUAGAAAAAACUAGAGCUAAACUACAGCAGGUCAAGUCGGUAAAUGACUCUAAUAUGAUUGCACUAAAAGAAUUAGUAGCAGCUCAACGAACUUAUUUCAGUGAAUGCAGACAAAGGACUGAAGAAUUGUCUGCUCAAAUGGAACGAUUGAAGUAA